AUGUCAAAACUCACAAGCAUUGAAGAAAAUAUAGAAAUAAAACGGAGAUUAUGGAAUGGAUCAAUUUCUUUGAAAAUUAUAAUUUCUAUUGUUGGAGAAUCUUCUGAAGAUGGAAUUACAAACGAAUAUGAAUAUUUAACGGAAGGAUAUAGGAACGCAUAUCUUCCUACUUUGUACCCAAACAUUGUCUCGUACAUUAAGAAGUUACCUACAGUUGCUUUCUCAAACAAUAGUCCGAUUUGGCUAGAGUACGAAGGUGUGCCGUUAAGGUGGAAUUUGCCCAUAGGUGUCCUUUACGAUCACCUAUAUCUCCCAGCAAAAUUUACCAACCAGUCAACACCUUGGACACUAGACCUCAAAAUUGCUAGCAGCACACUACCUUAUCCUUCAAAUUACAUUGUACCAUUUACAUAUAGUGCAGAAGAUGGCAGUGUAAAUUACACUAAAUCUAUCAAUGAAAUGCUUUUAAAUCAACUCAAGCAAUCGUGCUAUGUACUUAAUGGGACAGCAAAACCAAUUAUGCAACUCAAUGGACCAGAAACAGAACUGUUGUGCAACCUGGUUAUAACAAGAAACUUGAAAACAUACAACUUUUUCAACAACAAAAUCAUCAAACAGAUUCGAGGGAUUCCUGUACGAAUAUAUUUACCAAAUACGCAGUUAGUCGCGCAAGCUGCUGUUGACCCACAUAUACUCUUACAAGACUUGCUACUAGAACGGAUUCCUACCUUGAUGGAAGUUAGUGUGCCCAUUAUUCACGGCAUUGACGCAGGUCCAUUACUCAAAUUUCAAUUAAACGACAUUUGGCAUCAAUUUAAACACCCGGACAACGUAUUAUACAUUAGUAUACUUAUGCCUUAA